AUGGAGUACAGACUCAGGGAACAAAGAGACUUGGGGGAAGAUAAGACAGCCACACCAACGCAGACUCAGAAGGGCUCUCCGACUUUACGCAAGUGGCCCACAUCGCUACGGCGCUCGGUUCUCCCUUACGCCGCUGGCUUGGUUUUGGAGCUUUCGCGAAUAAGGCUUUGCGCACUGCGGCGGGGCUGUGCCGCAACCGAGCUUGGCCUGUGGCUCCUCCCCACCGCCCUGCGCGGAUUGGUGGUGGACAGCAACCAGCCUGCUGAUUGGGUGGCGAAGGAGCCAUUCGGGGCGGCUCUGCUGGCUGCGGUGGCAGCUGCUGAGUUCUCGGUGAAGGUGAGUGGAGACGCCGCCGCCGCCGCCGCCGCCGCCGCCGCCGAGUAUAGCGCUCCAAAAUGGCCGCCGUGCCUUGGCCGCUUCUUCUCGAGUAGUACAAAAUGGCGGCCGCAGGCGGAGCCGGGCGGGGCGACGCUUUUUAUCGUCUCCUCCACGUUUCGGGCACCUGGAAAUGCUUCGUCUUUGUUCUCCUUUUCCGUUAUUGAGAGAGUAGAGGGAAGCCAGCAGCUUUACGGACCCCCAAGCGUCAUCGUGGCUGUCGGCGACGGUCUCUUAAGGCCGGGGCGGGCCGAGGUGCGGGUGUGCGCUUACGGGGUGAGAGCGUGGCGGCGCCGCGCGCGCCACGCGGGGAGGAACGCGGGCUGGCAGGGGGUCCCGGCCGUUGGCGCGGGACCAGGCGAGGCGCAGGAGUCCCGGAGCCCGGCCUCCCGGUGGGGAGGUUUUUCAUUUCUCCCAUCCCCUUCCCUUCCCACCCCAUCCAUUAAUAUUAUUCUUUUGAAGAUUCUUCGUUGUCAAGCCGCCAAAGUGGAGAGUGCGAUUGCAGAAGGGGGUGCUUCUCGUUUCAGUGCUUCUUCGGGCGGAGGAGGAAGUAGGGGUGCACCUCAGCACUAUCCCAAGACUGCUGGCAACAGCGAGUUCCUGGGGAAAACCCCAGGGCAAAACGCUCAGAAAUGGAUUCCUGCACGAAGCACUAGACGAGAUGACAACUCCGCAGCAAACAACUCCGCAAACGAAAAAGAACGACAUGAUGCAAUCUUCAGGAAAGUAAGAGGCAUACUAAAUAAGCUUACUCCUGAAAAGUUUGACAAGCUAUGCCUUGAGCUCCUCAAUGUGGGUGUAGAGUCUAAACUCAUCCUUAAAGGGGUCAUACUGCUGAUUGUCGACAAAGCCCUCGAAGAGCCAAAGUAUAGCUCACUGUAUGCUCAGCUAUGUCUGCGAUUGGCAGAAGAUGCACCAAACUUUGAUGGCCCAGCAGCAGAGGGUCAACCAGGACAGAAGCAAAGCACAACAUUCAGACGCCUCCUAAUUUCCAAAUUACAAGAUGAAUUUGAAAACCGAACCAGAAAUGUUGAUGUCUAUGAUAAGCGUGAAAAUCCCCUCCUCCCAGAGGAGGAGGAACAGAGAGCCAUUGCUAAGAUCAAGAUGUUGGGGAACAUCAAAUUCAUUGGAGAACUUGGAAAGCUUGAUCUUAUUCAUGAAUCUAUCCUUCAUAAGUGCAUCAAAACACUUUUGGAAAAGAAGAAGAGAGUCCAGCUCAAAGAUAUGGGAGAGGAUUUGGAGUGCCUCUGUCAGAUAAUGAGGACAGUGGGACCUAGGUUAGACCAUGAACGAGCCAAGUCCUUAAUGGAUCAGUACUUUGCCCGAAUGUGCUCCUUGAUGUUAAGUAAGGAAUUGCCAGCGAGGAUUCGUUUCCUGCUGCAGGAUACCGUAGAGUUGCGAGAACACCACUGGGUUCCUCGCAAGGCUUUUCUUGACAAUGGACCAAAGACGAUCAAUCAAAUCCGUCAAGAUGCAGUAAAAGACCUAGGAGUGUUUAUUCCUCCUCCUAUGGCUCAAGGGAUGAGAAGUGACUUCUUUCUGGAGGGACCGUUCAUGCCACCCAGGAUGAAAAUGGAUAGGGACCCACUUGGAGGACUUGCUGAUAUGUUUGGACAAAUGCCAGGGAGCGGAAUUGGUACUGGUCCAGGAGUUAUCCAGGAUAGAUUUUCACCCACCAUGGGGCGUCAUCGUUCAAAUCAACUCUUCAAUGGCCAUGGGGGACACAUUAUGCCUCCGACACAAUCGCAGUUUGGAGAGAUGGGAGGCAAGUUUAUGAAAAGCCAGGGGCUAAGCCAGCUCUACCAUAACCAGAGUCAGGGACUCUUAUCCCAGCUGCAAGGACAGUCGAAGGAUAUGCCACCUCGGUUUUCUAAGAAAGGACAGCUUAAUGCAGAUGAGAUUAGCCUGAGACCGGCUCAGUCGUUCCUAAUGAACAAAAAUCAAGUGCCAAAGCUUCAGCCCCAGAUAACUAUGAUUCCUCCUAGUGCACAACCACCACGCACUCAAACGCCACCUCUGGGACAGACACCUCAGCUUGGUCUCAAAACUAAUCCACCACUUAUUCAGGAAAAGCCUGCUAAGACCAGUAAGAAGCCACCACCAUCAAAGGAAGAAUUACUUAAAUUAACUGAAACUGUUGUGACUGAGUAUCUGAAUAGUGGAAAUGUAAACGAAGCUGUCAAUGGUGUAAGAGAAAUGAGGGCUCCAAAACACUUUCUUCCUGAGAUGUUAAGCAAAGUAAUCAUCUUGUCACUGGACAGAAGUGAUGAAGAUAAAGAAAAAGCAAGUUCUUUGAUCAGUUUACUCAAACAGGAAGGGAUAGCCACAAGCGACAACUUCAUGCAGGCUUUCCUGAAUGUAUUGGACCAGUGCCCCAAACUGGAGGUUGACAUCCCCUUGGUGAAAUCAUAUUUAGCACAGUUUGCAGCUCGUGCCAUCAUUUCAGAGCUGGUGAGCAUUUCAGAACUGGCUCAACCACUGGAAAGUGGCACCCAUUUUCCUCUCUUCUUACUUUGUCUUCAGCAAUUAGCUAAACUACAAGAUCGAGAGUGGUUAACAGAACUCUUUCAACAAAGCAAGGUCAAUAUGCAGAAAAUGCUCCCAGAAAUUGAUCAGAAUAAGGACCGGAUGUUGGAAAUUUUAGAAGGAAAGGGACUGAGUUUCUUAUUCCCACUUCUCAAAUUAGAGAAGGAACUGUUAAAACAAAUAAAGUUGGAUCCAUCUCCUCAAACUAUAUAUAAGUGGAUUAAAGAUAACAUCUCUCCCAAACUUCAUGUAGAUAAAGGAUUUGUGAACAUCUUAAUGACUAGCUUCUUACAGUAUAUUUCUAGUGAAGUAAACCCACCCAGUGAUGAAACAGAUUCUUCCUCUGCUCCUUCCAAAGAACAAUUAGAGCAGGAAAAACAAUUGCUUCUUUCUUUCAAGCCAGUAAUGCAGAAAUUCCUUCAUGAUCAUGUUGAUCUACAGGUCAGUGCCCUGUAUGCUCUGCAGGUGCACUGCUACAACAGCAACUUCCCAAAAGGCAUGUUACUCCGCUUUUUUGUUCACUUCUAUGACAUGGAAAUUAUUGAAGAAGAAGCUUUCUUAGCUUGGAAAGAAGAUAUAACCCAAGAAUUUCCAGGGAAAGGCAAGGCUUUGUUCCAGGUAAAUCAGUGGCUAACCUGGCUAGAAACUGCUGAAGAAGAAGAAUCAGAGGAAGAAGCUGACUAAAGAACCAGCCAAAGCCUUAAAUUGUGCAAAACAUACUGUUGCUAUGAUGUAACUGCAUUUGACCUAACCACUGCGAAAAUUCAUUCCGCUGUAAUGUUUUCACAAUAUUUAAAGCAGAAGCACGUCAGUUAGGAUUUCCUUCUGCGUAAGGUUUUUUUGUAGUGUAAUGUCUUAAUCAUAGUCUACCAUCAAAUAUUUUAGGAGUAUCUUUAAUGUUUAGAUAGUAUAUUAGCAGCAUGCAAUAAUUACAUCAUAAGUUCUCAAGCGGAAGCAGUCUAUUGCAAGGACCUUCUUUGCUGCCAGUUAUCAUAGGCUGUUUUAAGUUAGAAAACUGAAUAGCAACACUGAAUACUGUAGAAAUGCACUUUGCUCAGUAAUACUUGAGUUGUUGCAAUAUUUGAUUAUCCAUUUGGUUGUUACAGAAAAAUUCUUAACUGUAAUUGAUGGUUGUUGCCGUAAUAGUAUAUUGCCUGUAUUUCUACCUCUAGUAAUGGGCUUUAUGUGCUAGAUUUUAAUAUCCUUGAGCCUGGGCAAGUGCACAAGUCUUUUUAAAAGAAACAUGGUUUACUUGCACAAAACUGAUCAGUUUUGAGAGAUCGUUAAUGCCCUGAAGUGGUUUUGUGGGUGUGAAACAAAUGGUGAGAAUUUGAAUUGGUCCCUCUUAUUAUAGUAUUGAAAUUAAGUCUACUUAAUUUAUCAAGUCAUGUUCAUGCCCUGAUUUUAUAUACUUGUAUCUAUCAAUAAACAUUGUGAUACUUGA